AUGCUGCAGACUGGAAACUACAGCCUGGUGCUGCUGCUGCAGAUCACGCUUCUGGCCUUUGACCUGUUCGUAAACUCCUUCAGUGAGCUCCUGAGAGCAGCUCCUGUGAUCCAGCUGGUGCUGUUCAUCAUCCAGGACAUCGACAUCCUCUUCAACAUGAUCAUCAUUCUGCUCAUGAUGUUCAACACAUACGUGUUCCAGGUGGGACUGGUGUCGCUGCUGAUCGAGCGCUUCAGAGCUCUCAUGGUCUUUGCUUCUUUAUAUCUGACCCUCAGCAUCUGCCUCCACUGCUGGCUCCUGAAUCUGAGGUGGAUGGAAUCAAACCGGUUUGUGUGGACGGAUGGUCUCCAGGCUCUGUUUGUGUUCCAGAGAACAGUGGCUGUGCUGUAUUAUUACCUGUACAAGCGCACGUCAGUGCUGAUGGGAGACCCGCGGCUCUACGAGGACUCGCUGUGGCUGCGAGAAGCUUUCUCCAAAGCUCGAGAAUAA